AUCGCACCGGCCUGCAAAAGACAGCUUGCCCCUCUCCGCCGUAGUCUGCUCACACCGCGGUCGGACAAGCCCUCCGCAGCCCAAUUGACUCGCUGCGGCGUCACUAAAGUGCUCACGUGGCCCCUCGUCCCUUGUUUCUGCUUAGCGGCCUGCUCCUCCCACCUCCGAGACCCAGCCCUCUGCGCGUUCUUCUCUUCUCCGCCUCUUCUCAGCCCACCAUGACGACCAGAUACCGCGUAGAAUAUGCUCUCAAGACACAUCGACGAGACCAGUUGAUUGAAUGGAUCAAGGGUCUGCUAGCAGUCCCAUUCGUGCUACACUCCCAGCCCACCGCCGUCUUUGAACCCGAUGGUGAAGCCGUCGAGGCCACUGCGACCCGGACGCAGCGACGAUAUGCGGAAAUCAUGCGGGAUGUCGAAGACAUAGUGAACGACCACAUCACCCACCAACAAACCGGCACCCAGCACCGCUCCAAACUCAAGCUCCUGGUUCCUCCUGUCGCAAACUUCUUCACCCCUCUCGCUCUCCACGAUGCCUUCAUCUGGCAAGACCAACGCCGUUUCAUCAGCAUGCGCCGCUUCGUGCCCCCCUCUUUCAACGACGUGCGCCUCAUCCUCAACACAGCUCAAGUCAUGUCCCUGGUUCGCAACGGCCCCAUCGAGCUCGUCACCUUCGAUGGAGACGUCACCCUCUACGACGACGGCCAGUGCCUCACGCCCGACAAUCCCGUCAUCCCGCGCAUCCUCAACCUCAUGCGUAACGGCUCCAAGAUUGGCAUUGUGACGGCAGCCGGCUACACCGAAGCGCACAAGUACUACGAGCGCCUGUAUGGCCUGCUCGACGCCAUAUACGCCUCCGACCUCCCGCAGUCCGCAAAGCAAGGCCUGAUCGUCAUGGGCGGCGAAAGCAACUACUGCUUCCGCUUCGACGGCGGGGUCCCGGACAUGCUAGCACUAGUACCAAAGCAGGAGUGGCUGCUCAAGGAGAUGGUGUUGUGGGAGGAGAGCGAUAUCACGGCGCUGCUGGACAUUGCGGAGGCGAGUUUGCGGGAUACGGUGAAGAAUAUGCGCAUGGAGGCAACGGUUGUGCGGAAGGAGCGCGCGGUGGGGAUUAUUCCGCGCGAGGGGCAUAAGUUUUGUCGGGAGACGCUGGAAGAGACAGUGUUGAUUGCGCAGAAGAUAUUGGAAAUGUCCGAGGUAGGCACACGCCUCCCCUUCUGCGCCUUCAACGGCGGCAACGACGUCUUCGUCGACAUUGGCGACAAAUCCUGGGGCGUGCUUGCGUGCCAGCAAUUUUUCGGCGGGAUAGAAGGCAGCAAGACGUUGCACGUGGGCGACCAAUUCCUCUCCGCCGGCGCGAACGAUUUCAAGGCCCGCUUGGCGUGCACGACGGCGUGGAUUGCGAAUCCCUCCGAGACGGUGGGCCUGCUGGAUGAGAUGGCGGAGCUGGAGGAGGUGCAGGCGCGGAAGUUGAGAUAGACGUUUGAUACUCAGUAACAGGCCUAAAUUCCGUCUCAUAUCCCUGUUUAUUACAGACUCUCCACGUGGGCUCCUGGAACAACACCGAAUACAGACAUACCCUGGCCGUCACUUCCCGAAGUACCAGCUUAGAGUGACUCAGCGUACCUCCCCCGCCUACAACUAAGCCGCGAUGCCACAUCCUCGCUGGCCAUCUUCCUUGUUUCACCUUUUUAUGCGGCCUUCCAUAAUACACUCCUAGCACGUACAUUCGUAUCCAGACCGCUUAUAUCCGAUAUCAA